AACUGAAAGAUAAUUUCCCUGCUAUAAGAACUCCUUUAACUUUGCUUCUUCACCUCAGAGCCUUCUCCAUGGCAAUUCAGCAAAGUUCUGACCUUCGUGCUAAUCCUGUGGAUGAUGUUAUCAGGGCUCACUGCCUCAAACGAGCUCUCUAUGAAUGUCCAGGGUGCAACUGUGUAUUCAAUUAUGCACCACAUUUCACUGCUCAUAUAGUAUCUCACUUCAAGGCUGAAGCACUCAGAGGCUGUAAGAGGCUUCCCCUUGGUCAGCCAGGAGACAAUGAGGCCAAGAAGAAAAAAGAGGAUGCCAAUGCUGAAGGAGACGCUAUGGAGGACUCUGUUGGUCCAGCUCCAGGUGCCACUGCAUAAGGAGGAACCUCCAGGAACUCUCUAUGAGAGGCUAAUCUUAAAAAAGUUGUUCGUAGGACUAUUUCUGAAAAAUGAAGUGCACUAGUGUGCUUAGGAUCUUGGGAACUAAAUAAAACCUCUCUUUUUCAUAUAUGAAAUCUUGUGCUUGUUCUUUAAUGUUUGGCUUUCUUUUCAUUUCAUACCAGUAAGAUAUUUCUCUG